AUGCUUUCCGUCGAUUCCACUAUUAGCAGCACUCGAGAAUCGGUGCAGCAUUCAUCUGUAGAUAAUAAUAAUUUAAUUCAAAAUAGUGGCAGCUUAUCCAAUAAUUCUCAAGCAAAUGAAGCAGUUUCAGUUAACGAAAGCCUUUCAAUUCGUAAGAGACGCGCUUGUUUUUCGCUUAAAUUCAAAAGGCUUAAUUAUGCUCCAUUUUGUGAAAAAACAACGACUCCGGAGAGUGGAGAUGAGAGGGCAGUAAAUAAUGAAGAAAUUGAACGUUUAGUUUCCUCGUCAUCGUCGGCAUAUAACAGUGGAAAUGAAACUUCAAGUGCAGCAGAAAAUACGGAUGAUUCCUCUGGGGAAGAAGAACAACAAAUUCAUUUAAAACGUUUACGUUUCGAUUCAGUAAAUAACCAAAAUAUUUUUGAAACUAUAAAUGAUGUAAAUGAACAACAAAAUGAAGAAGAACAGCAACAAACUGUUGAGGAAGAGAAGAAAAAUUUACAAAAAGACAAUUUACUUGAGGAGGAGCGGGCUUUGAAUUCUUCACCACAGACUGAUACACAAUUUUCCGAUUCUGAUUUAAUUUUGGAAGAUUCAAUAACCAGAAAAUGUUAUGAAUUGAUUGGAUUUGGACGAAAUUGCAAAGCUAUAGAUUUGUCGACACAAGAAAUGUGGCAUUGCCAAAUGUUGAAACAAAAUGAAUUUAAUAAUUUAAUGGAGAUUGUUUCACGAAUGAAAAGUGUUUCGAAUUGUUACACCGAGGAGGGAUUUGCAGAAAGGAGCAACCUUUUGUUACCAUUUGACCAACUUCAAACAUUAAAAAGCAGCAAACACCCUAACUUAAUUUAUAUUCUUCUUCCUAAUCAUUAUGAUAGUUUAAGUAAAUUAAUUGAAGAAGAAUGUGGAGAGGAAGCAGCUUCUUUCCCUUAUUGGUGUCGUCCUGUUUGUUUAAGCGAAAGACUUGUACAACAAAUCCUUAAACAAAUAACUGUUUUACUUGAAUUCUGCCAUCGAAUUGGUUUAUUUUUUCGGGAUUUUCGUUUUUGCAAAUUUGUCUUCACUGACCAAGCAAAAACAAAAUUGCGGCUGAAUAAUGUACUUGAUUUGUAUAUUUCACCGAGCGUUGAUUGCGAUUUAAUAAAUUCUCGCGAGUUUAUACCUGCUUAUAUAUCACCUGAAGUUCUUGAUAAGAAGAAUCAGGUUUAUGGAGGGCGUGCAGCAGAUAUAUGGGCAUUUGGUGUUAUGAUGUUUACUCUUUUAAAUGGCCGCUUACCCUUCUACGAACAAAGUAAUAAUCCGAUUGAAUUAUUCCGACGUAUUCGUUCUCAUUGUUUUUCUUCUCGUAUGCGGUCAUCAGCCCAUUGGUUUCGUAAUACUUCAGCAAUGGGGUUAAGUUCUCUUUGGUCAUCUUGUUCCUCAUAUGCUUGUAAACAAAUUGAAAAAUUACAACAAACAAAUAAUUGUAAAGUUUUUCCAUUACGGGAUUGCCCAUUUUUGUAUUCGACAAGAGUUGUACCAAAUGGAACGGAAUGGCACAAAUGUCGACGAAAAUUAACAACUCAUUUAUUGAAUCCUGUGCGUUCAUUCUUUCAAGAACAAAACGAAAUUGAUGUGGGCCGUUCAGAAGUUAUUCACCCUCUUCGAUACCAAGCAGGGCUAAAUUCGAGUGGAUCUGCAUUGGUGAAUAUGCCUUCAGUCCGUGGAUCUGCUCCAUCUUUUGUAUCGAUUCACCGACGGGAAUUACCUUUUAUUUCAUUGAAAAUAGAAAGAGAAAAGGUAACAGAAGAUCAAGUUGUCCCCGAUUUGUCGGGUUAG